GUGGAGCAGCGACUUUCUCCGUGGAAGAGAUGAGGGUAGAGGAGCCUGCUGACACCAGCACCUCUGGGAUGCACUUUGUUUCCUAGUGGGAUCAUAUUUGCGUCUAUCUCGGGGAAAAAACAAACAAUACACUGCGGGAUUUUGGAUACCCAUCAAUCGGAUGCAAGCAGAGCCAGGCCCAAGUUCACAAUGGGCCCCAUACACAUGUGCGUCCUGCUCACGGUGGCGCUGCUGGCUGUGGCGGUGGCUGCCGAGAUGACCACUGACGACGCCUACACCUGGCCACAGUGGAAGGUUCCUUUGGUGAGGAAUCGGCGCACUUUACCUCUCAGUAGCCCCAACUUCUCUGCGCGCCCCCAAGCUGAACUGAGCGGCACCUGCGGGAUCGAGUGUCAGCGCCGCCUUCCGACGCCGUCGCUGGACGACCUGGAGCAGCUGCUGUCCUACGAGACGUUUUACGAGAACGGCACCCGCACGUACACCGCAGUGUCGGUGCAGGGGCUGAACGAAGCGACGGCUCAUCCGGCAAACGACUCCUCCCACUCGCGACGAAAGAGAGAGGUCUACGGCACUGACACUCGCUUCACCAUCUCUGACAAGCAGUUCUCAACCAAGUACCCCUUCUCGACCUCAGUCAAGAUCUCCACAGGAUGUUCCGGGGUUCUGGUCUCGCCGAAACACGUGUUGACCGCCGCCCACUGCAUCCACAACGGGAAGGAUUAUUUAGACGGAGUUCAGAAGCUGCGGGUGGGAAUCCUGAAGGAGAAAUCCCGAAGAGGGAAAGGAGGCAAAGGGAAAGGAGGGCGAGGGAAAAGGAGGAAGGGGGAGAGCGCAAAAGAGGAGACCCAGGAGAAGGAGGAGAAAGGAGAGCGUAAGGGAAAAGGAAAAGGCAGGAAGGGUCGGAGCCGCCGCAGUGUUGAAGUCGAAAAGCCCUCUUUUAAGUGGACCAGGGUGAAGAAGACGCAGUUGCCCAAAGGCUGGUUCAAGGGCGUGUCGGACGGCCUGGCAGCAGAUUACGACUACGCUGUCCUGGAGUUGAAGAGGCCACCCAAGGUCAAGCACAUGGACCUGGGCGUGGUUCCGUCGAUUAAAAAACUCCCGGCUGGAAGGAUUCACUUCUCCGGCUUUGACGACGACCGACCGGGCAACCUGGUGUACCGCUUCUGCUCCGUCUCCGAGGAGUCCAAAGAUCUGCUCUACCAGUACUGCGAUGCUAAACCCGGCUCCAGCGGCUCCGGCGUCUACAUCCGCCUCAAAGAGCCCGGCAAGAAGAAGUGGAAGCGCAAGAUCGUCGGGGUGUUCACCGGCCACCAGUGGGUGGAUGUCAACGGUAACGGCCUGCAGCAGGAUUACAACGUGGCCGUGAGGAUAACGCCCCUCAAGUACGCUCAGAUCUGCUACUGGGUCCACGGCGACUCGAGCGAGUGCAUGGUAGCCUAGGUACCUAAGAUUCUUGCAGCGCCCCGCCCAGCAGUGCCCCUCCCCCCCUCCAUCCAAAGCCUUUCGCCAACUCCGGCUCCAUCAACAACACAGACUCCGUGUUGAGACUGGACAGCACUUCAAGAGAACUGUGGCUUGUCGUUUUUCUAAUUUAUUUUUGCUUAAAAAAAAUCAAGAAAAAAAAUCUGUAUUUUCAUGUGUCGAUAGUUUGGUCCAAACUGAGGUUUGGCUUUUUAACAUUUCUACUGGAAGAUGCGUAGACGCAACGUCUCGGUCCAAAAAUGUCAGAGUUCUUCACAGUGAAGAAAAUGAAACACUUGCCCUGAACAAACCGAUUUUUUUUUUUUAAAUAAGCGCGGAUCUUUAGUAGCCAGAUAUUUGUGAUGUUGUUUCAGUGAUGUGCACAUAUUCACAUGGUGCUUCUCCAGAAAACGUGGUGCUUAUUUAUGGAAUUGUAUGCAUUUUUAUUCGGGGUGAGUCUGUUUGGAAUAUAUUUUGACAGCCAAGUACUGUAACUAUGUAUUUAACGGAAUGGUUCAACAUGGACUGACUGUUAGUGUUUUAACUUUCUCCAUUUUUUUUUCUCUAAAAGACAAAUAUUGCUGUAUAGUGACAAAUCGGGAGUGUACUUUUUGUCGUUGACUUUUCCUGACUAUUAAAACAUUUCAAGACCAAAUACAAGUUUGAAGAUUUACCAACCAUUAAAAAAAGAUUGCCAUUUGGGUGCGUGUCUUUGUGUGUGUCUGAGAGCAACAUCCUCAAUGCACAUCAUUACGACCAUCUGCGUAAGGCUUUGUGCACACAGGACGCACAUUUUUCGUGCAACUGUUUUUUUUUCAAACUUGCGU